AGCAUCACCAUCCCUCCCCUUCCUCUCCUGCGAGCACGCAUUGACUCAUCAUUAGUAGCACACAGUAACCCAUCAUCAAAUCGGUCCUUUCUCCUUCGUCUUCCUUCUCCUGCCUUGCCUCCAAGAGAUGAGUUGAUCGGCAACGGAGACGAUCGCAUCGACACGCACACGCCUUCAAAUUAUUCUCACACUUCCCCUUUCACUUUACUGCCGUUUCCCCUCCCGCCCUUUUUAACCCGCUUUCCACCCCUCCCACUUAACCACCAAACCCCUCUCUCUCUCUCUCUCUCUCUCUCAGAUACGCCUUGGCGGCAUUGACGAGCGAAAUGGGAUCGAUGGAUCGAUCAAAGAAGAGGAUUCAGCUAUGGAAGAAGGCGCUGGUGCACUUCGCGCUAUGCUUCGUGAUGGGAUUCUUCACCGGCUUUGCGCCGCACAGCACCGCUACCCUCUUCUCCCACCGCCGCGCCGAUCGCCAGCCCGUCACCGGUAUCAGCUUCCACCCAGCCGCUCCCGAGGAACAGGUCGUCGAGCCUGACGGUGAGGCCGUCAACAGGAGCCUGAUCGAGAUCCCCAGAUCUGCCGCGGUUGCCGCUGUGGCGCCCGGAGAUGACAGCGACGACCCGCCGCCGUCUGUGGAGGGGUCCGUGGAGGCGCAGCCGCCGUCCCGGCGUCUUCUGAUCAUCGUGACGACGACCCGGGCCGACGACCGGUUCCAGGGCGCGUUGUUGCUGCGGCUGGCGCACACGCUGCGCCUGGUCCCGCCGCCGCUGCUGUGGAUCGUCGUCCAAGCCUAUGCCGAAGCCCCCGCCACCGCCGCGAUGCUGCGGACCACCGGCGUCAUCUACAGGCACCUCACCUUCAAGGAGAACUUUACCGACCCGGCGGCGGAGGCCGACCACCAGCGGAACGUCGCCCUCAGCCACGUCGAGUACCACCGCCUCACCGGGAUCGUCCACUUCGCCGGCGCAUCCAAUGCCUACGAUCUCCGAUUCUUCGAGGAGAUUAGAGAGAUCGAGGCUUUCGGGACAUGGCCGGUGGCAAUGGUGUCGACAAACAGGAAAAGAGUGGUUGUGGACGGCCCAGUUUGUCGUGCAUCAAGGGUUGAAGGGUGGAUCUUGAAGGACUCGAGCAAUGACAAAAGGCUGUUGCCGACUGGCACAGACAUGAACCCUAAACCUCCAAAGAUUAAUAUCUCUGGGUUUGCAUUCAAUAGCUCCAUACUCUGGGAUCCUGAGCGCUGGGGUCGCCCUACUUCAUUGCCUGAUACCUCGCAGGAUUCAAUCAAGUUUGUGCAUGAAGUCAUCCUGGAAGAUGAGACCAAGUUGAAGUGUCUUCCUGCCGACUGCUCUAGGAUCAUGGUGUGGCAUCUCUACACUCCAAGAGCAAUUCCUCUGCCCUUCCACGAUCAAAGCCAAGCUAAAAGGUAACUCAGGAAAUCAACCAAAAAAAGGUUGUGUAAAUGAGAGAGGAAGAAGAAGAAGAAGAAGAAGAAGGUCUUGUUAGUUAUGAAUUUUAUUUCCUUUCUUUUGGGGAAGACCCAAUUGGGCACCUCCCAAGCAAUAGUAAUCAUCAUUACUUGUUGGUAUUCUUUCACGUGGUUGGUGGCUUAAGUUGAGAGAGAUUGGCUACCAUAUUUCUGUCAUGUAGCAACACAAUAAUUAAGAGGUGGGACUUCAACAAUACAAAGGAUUGUUCUGCAUUGAUGUCA